UUCUUCGAAUUAUAACGUAGCCAUGUUUUUUCUCCCAUUUGUUAUCUAUACAAACUUUUUAAUUUACUACUUUGAGCCAAAAAAAUGAUAUGAUCAAGCUACCAAGUUCAAUAUUUCUGGCUUCGUUCAUUUUUUAUAAAUAAUAUUUGUAUAUUCAGAAAAAUAAGUACUAGUUAAAGUUAUGUUAAACAAGAUUUUAAAAAAAAAUGAGAAUAUCUACGAAUUUGUUAGAAUUGCUGAUAUUAUUGAGGAAAGAAAAAGUCAUUUUGACUGAAAUUGUGACUUGUGAUUUAUAUCAAGAAUCUCUCUUGUAGUUCUACUUUUUCUUGAAUAAAUUUCAUUGUUUAAUUUGGAAAGUAUCUCUCCAUUAUUUGACUUUGGCUAGCGCUAAAGCUAUAAACUAUAGUGUUGAAGAAUCUUUUCCCAAAACAAGAAAGGAAAAAAUAUGUAGUAUUGAAAAAAUUAAUGCAAUUUUGGUCCUUGUUUUUAUUAUUUUUGCAGUUAGUUUUUGAGUUUGCAUAGAGGUUGGGUUGGAAGUAUGAGGGGAAGAAGCUACAGCUACAGUCCCAGUCCACCUAGAAGGGGGCCUACUAGUCUCUUGGUUCGCAACCUUCGCCGUCAUUGUAGGCCUGAAGAUCUUCGAGGUCCCUUUGGCGAGUUUGGUCCCAUUAAGGAUAUUUAUUUGCCACGAGAUUAUUACACUGGGGAGCCACGAGGAUUUGGUUUUGUGCAGUACUUGGACCCAGCUGAUGCUGAAGAAGCCAAAUAUGAGAUGGAUGGUCAGGUUCUAUUUGGGAGGGAGCUCACUGUUGUGUUUGCUGAGGAAAACAGAAAGAAGCCUUCUGAGAUGAAAGCAAGAGCGCGUUCGAGGGGUCGGCGACGAUCACAACUCUCUUAUUCUCGAUCUCCACGGUCAUAUUAUCGAUCACCGCAGCGUUAUUCUCAAAGCCCUGACUACUAUUCACCACCUCCUAGAAGACGAUAUUACUCAAGGUCCAUUUCUCCUCGAGACCGGAGGUACAGGGAGAGGUCUUACUCGAGGAGCAGAAGCCCCGUAAGGAGUAGAAGCCGUAGAAGGAGCUUUGAUGAUGGCUAUUACUCGUAGAUAAUAAGCCCACUCUAGUAGUAUUGUUGUGUUAUCCUGUACUGGACUCUUGUAGUCAUUUUACUCAAACUCUUUCGAGUUCUGGACUUGUGGACCACCCAAUGGUAUUGCCAACAUGUCUUUACUGUU